GUUGGUGUGAACACAAGGAUGCCGGAUGCCAAGGAAGUGCUGGUGACGGGUGGCGCGGGCUACGUGGGCUCGUGCCUGGUGCCGCUCCUGCUGGACCGCGGCUGGCGCGUGACCGUGUACGACACUUUCUCCUACGGCCUGGGUCCGCUGCUUCCCGUGGCUCACCGGGUGCGCCUCAUACGAGGCGACGUCCGCGACGGCGCGGCGCUGGCGUCCGCGCUCAAAGGCGUCGGCGCCGUGGUGCACUUGGCGGCCAUCGUGGGCUACCCGGCGUGCAGCCGCGACCCCGAGCUCGCCGAAGACGUCAACGUGGGCGGCACGCGGACGCUGCUCGAACAGCUCUCACCCUCGCAGCGUAUCGUGUUCGCCUCGACCGGUUCGUGCUACGGCGCCGUCACUGACGGCCUCUGCACGGAGGAAACGCCGGUCUCACCUUUGUCGGUGUACGGUCGCACUAAGGCGGAGUCCGAGAAGUUGGUCCUGAAGAGCGGAGGCGUCGCACUGCGUCUCGCCACAGUCUUCGGCGUCUCGCCCCGGAUGCGCGUCGACCUGCUCGCCAACGACCUGUCCCGGAGGGCCCUGCAAGACGGCGAGCUGGAAGUGUACGAGCCGCACUUUUGGCGCACCUUUCUGCACGUGCGCGACGCGGCGCGGGCCUUCGUGCUGGCGCUCGACCGCUACGACGAGAUGCGAGGUCGCGCCUUCAACGUGGGAGACGACACGCUCAACGUGACCAAGGCGAAGCUGGCGCGGCUCAUCUGCGAGCGGGCCGGGGACGUCCGGCUGGUGCUGGCCGAGUCCGGUCGAGACCAGGACCGACGCGACUACCGCGUGUCGCACGCGCGCAUUCGAGAGCUGGGAUUCCGAGCGAGCAUCUCCCUCGAGAAAGGGGUCGACGAGCUGAUCCGAUUGCUGCCUCUCAUGGCCCCCCACGAGCUUUGCAUGAACUAGCUCCCCGCAGCGACAGCGUUGUCUUAACGCUGCCGGUAUCAAGCUGCUACCACUAAAUGCUCUGUAGUCAUUGGCGCUUCCACUUGCAUUCGAGCCAUAAAGUGCUCACGUUUCUUUGGAUGCGUGACGUGGACAAAUGAUGGGCCGGAAAAGGCCAUGUAGUUCUGGGAAAGAGACAAAGCCAUCUUCCCCGUCCACUAGAAACCCCAGGCGACCCCUCCCUUGACCAACGAAAUCAUGGCACACAAGGGAAGCAUCCGUCUAU